UCAAAACGGCAUCAACACAGAAAGCGGAAUGUCGUCGGUCACGGAAGAUUUUUACCUUCGCUACUACGUGGGGCACAAGGGAAAGUUUGGCCACGAGUUUCUCGAGUUCGAGUUCCGCCCGGACGGUAAGCUGCGGUACGCCAACAACUCCAACUACAAGAACGACACCAUGAUCCGGAAGGAAGCGUACGUGCACCAGUCGGUGAUGGAAGAGCUGAAGCGCAUCAUCCUCGACUCGGAAAUCAUGGCAGAGGAUGACUCGCUGUGGCCACCACCCGAUCGUGUCGGUCGGCAGGAACUGGAGAUAGUGAUUGGCGAUGAGCACAUUUCGUUCACCACCUCCAAAACCGGCUCACUGGUUGACGUGAAUCAGUCCAAAGACCCGGAAGGAUUGCGUGGAUUCUACUACCUCGUGCAGGACCUGAAGUGUCUCGUGUUUUCGCUAAUCGGACUGCACUUCAAAAUUAAGCCCAUCUAAACCGUGUCAUCUCGCUUUUCCAUCUCGGAUUUUCACCAUUCUUACCGCCGCCACCUAUGUUGCUGCAAGCGGAUCGUGUGACAAAAAGUUUUUCCUUUUAUUAACAUUAGAGCCCGCGCCCGCGGGACCAUCCAUUCCGUGUGGCGCAGCGCACGCGGUUUGUAACAGAUUCAUCCAUAGAAAGGCUACGAUUGUAAGAUUGUAAUAAUAUAAAAACGAAACAAGGCGGGCAUCGCACUACGCGGGCCCU